UCCCACCUGAUCGUAUGGCAAUCCUCGCCUCCUCAUCUCUCAAUCGUCUAAUCCGAAUUCUGCUACUCCACCUACCAUGGUUCCUCUGUGUAAUCUGCCAGAGAACAAAACAUGGAACCCCACCACCAUCAUUCGUAUUUCCUCCUCCACCACCGCCUCCUUCGCCACCGCCUCCUUCACCACCGCCACCUUCACCAUUACCUUCAGAACCACCAGCAGUACCACCAGUAGCACCACCCGUAAUCUUCCCGGACCUGCGCCUCGCCACCGUUUUCCCCGUGAUCCAAAAGUUCAAGGCCAGCAUCACCUCCGACCCUCUUGGAAUCACCUCUACAUGGGUCGGUGGAGACAUCUGCAAAUACAAGGGCUUCUACUGCGACAACCCACCAGAUAACUCCACCUCCCUGGCACUUGCCGGCAUCGAUUUCAAUGGCUUCCAGCUGGCUGCACCUAGCCUGGAUGGCUUCAUUGAUGCCCUCCCUGAUCUAGCAAUCUUCCAUGCAAACACCAACUUCUUCAGCGGCAACAUCACCCCCAAAAUCGCCAAGCUGCCAUACUUCUACGAGCUGGACCUCAGUAACAACAAGUUCUCCGGCGAGUUCCCUCGUACGGUGCUCGCCAUCCCCGGCUUAUCCUUCUUGGACAUUCGUUAUAACUCGUUUUCUGGGUCUGUCCCACCUCAGGUUUUCGUACAGAAUCUCGAUGUCCUCUUCAUCAACAACAAUAACUUCAACCAGAAAAUCCCUGAUGACUUCGGAAACACUCCGGCAAGGUACAUAACGUUCGCAAACAACAAGUUCACCGGUCUGAUACCGCGCAGCAUCGGAAACGCUUCAUCGACAUUGACUGAAAUCCUUUUUCUCAAUAACUUCUUAUUUGGGUGUCUUCCUAUUGAAAUAGGCUCUCUGAAAGAGUUGACAGUUUUCGACGUGGGCCACAACUUACUGUCUGGCCUUUUGCCGUGCUCGCUGGGGUGUUUACAUAACGCGGAGCAGCUCAACUUCGCCGGAAACUUUUUCUACGGUAGAGUGCCUGAAGAGUUGUGUGCAUUGAAAAACCUUCAGAAUUUGUCUUUGUCGGAUAAUUAUUUUACGAAAAUAGGGCCAAACUGCAGAGAUCUGAUAUCAACUGGGAAAAUUGAUCUGAGGAACAAUUGCAUUCGUAAUCUUCCUGAUCAGAGACCAAGAUCUGAUUGUCUGGCCUUCUUUUGGAAACCCAAGUUUAUUUGCCCGAAUAUGGUCUUGUAUGAAAAUAAUACUUGUGAUGAUGGUCAAUUGCAAUCAACUCAUGUGAGGUCCAGGAAACCGAAUAUUCCAAAGGUUACUUACUCUGCGCUUGUGAAGCAUCGUUAGUGAUGAUUUCACACCACAGUAUAUGGAGAUAUGAAAGGGAAGAAGUCUGCAAGCAGUGCAGAGUUCAUAUAUGAUUUCUGAUGUUUAAUGCAUAAGUUUCAACUCUUAUACAAGCACAUUGUACUGGUUCUACACUGAAGUUCAAGGUCAUUUCCAAAUGAGAAAAGCCAUUAUUUUUCUA